AUGGUGCAGUUCACCUACCGAGACCUCGUGAUCUCGCUGCCAUCCGGCGUCAACGCCACCGUCACCGACGAGGGCGUGCUCGAGAUACGGGGCCUCUCUCGGGCCGCUCCGAUCCGGAUGAAGCCGUGCGACGACGAAAGAGCGAUCAGCUCUUCAUGCACUCCCAGCGAGCGUCCGUUGCCGGCAAGCGGCACCCUGCACAAGCGCGCGCGCACAACCGCACCUUUGGGCUGCGGUAGCGUGCCGCUCUCGAGCGUCGACGGCGGCGACAUGAACGAGAGUGCGUCCUGUGGAAAGGCGGUGGAGCCGACCGUCUACCCCAACGGCGGGUGCAGCGACAGCGACGAGGAGUGCGGAGGCGGCGAGCAAGCACACGACGGGUGCCCCUCCGAUGACGACGAGCACCCCGCGGCGGUGACCAGCCAGGGGCUGUGGAAUGCGGCCAAGGCGGUGUUGGACGAAGGUGCGGAGAAGGCCGAGGUGCCGCCGCCGGUGCUGCCGCCGACGGCCUCGUUGCACGCCUUCCCCUUCCCUCCCGAGGCACCGCUGCGGCGGUGGGAGUGGCGCCCGGUGGAGACGACCGGCCCAACGCCGCCCGCCCGCUGGGCGCACUGCGCCGCUGCUCUCGGAGGCAAGAUGCUCGUGUACGGCGGCGAGGCCCUCUCCGCAGCGGGCGCCGACGGCCCGCCGCAGCUGAGCGACCUGCACGCGUUUGACGCCGCCAGCGGCGAGUGGAGGCGCUGCCAGGACGCGCCGCACGGCCGCGCGUGGCACACGGGCACCGUGGUGCGCGGCUCGCUCGACGGCUCGUCGGACAUCUUCCUUGUCUUCGGUGGCGAGGCGGCACGUCCGGCGGGCGGAGCCAAGGGCAAGGCCGCGGCGGGAGGCAAGCCGCAGUCGCUCUCCUCGAUGCUCUCGUACGACCCGGAGUUUGAGGCGCACAGGGCUUGGGAGGGCCCGGCCCUCGCCCCGCGCGAGGUCUGGUACGAGGCGGUGGACCGGGGCCACAGGCCCUCCGCCCGGUCCGGCCACGCCGCCUGCCUGCACGAGCAAAACGACGCCUCGCGCCUCCUCGUCUGGGGCGGCUUCUCCCACUCCUCGCGCCGCUUCCUCGAGCCGGCGCGGCAAAGCCACGGCCAAGACACGUCCGGACCCGCGACGCGACACGCCGCCACACACGGCUCCGCCAGACACGCGCCGCCCAGCACCGGCUGGCCGUCGUGGAGAGAGCGGCCGACGCCUGCCUGCCACCCCUUCCCGCGGCUGCAGGAGCUGCACGAGCUCGCCCCCUCACAUUAA